ACUUAGAACUAUGUUUCAGACACGUGAGUUCCUCGGAUUUGAUUGACAGUUUAUACUCUUCAGCCUACCUGAGAACGACACUAACGCUGAGUAUGCAGAGUUCAGCGAACUGGAUAUUAAUAAACUUUCACCAUUCGCAUUCGCAUGCAUGACUGGGCAAAUUCAAGACGUCAAAGCUGCAGUCAGUGGAGGGGUUGCUCCUGAUAUAACAGGAGCUGAAACGCCCUUCAAAAUUGGAUUUCUUUCAUUUACUGUUCUUGGUGCACAGCGAAUCGGUGGACCCACUCCAAAUUCUCUCAAGCAUCUUGACGUUAUCAACUAUCUCCUUCAGUGUGGUGCACCACCGGAUAUGCCGGAUAUAUCCGGCCACACAGCCCUCCACCAUGCAUGUACUCCUCCGCUUGGUCAUUUUGAACUCGCCAAGGCACUUCUCAAAGGUGGGGCUAACCCGAAUGCCCAGAACCGUUAUGGCGAAGUUCCUCUCUUCUUCCCAUUCCAGGGACAAGACAUACCGAUCCUAGAUUUGUUAAUGGAGCACAACGCUGAUCUGGACAUUAAGGACGGAAAUGGUGAUUCUCCCCGUGCGUUAUGUGUUGUGUUUGGUCCCCAAGUCACGGCGGCAGUUCGCCGGUGGGAAAGGAAGCGAUCGGGGGAGAAAGCACUCUGGGAAGAGAAGGAAUGCGAGUAUUGCAAGAAAAAAGAGAGAGGCCUGAAGCAGUGCGCACGAUGUCACACAGUCCGAUAUUGCUCGUCUGACUGUCAGCGUAUGCAUUGGAAAACCCACAAACCGUUAUGCCAGCCAUUCUCCACAUCAACCACGGUCACGCUAAAGCCAACCUAUGGCGACUUUUCGUCUACAAUAUCUCGUGCUGAUUUCACUCGCGAAGCCCUCGGCCUUUCGAGUCCCAAGUCCAAGUCAGCCAAAAACGCUCCGUAUACUCGAAUGUCCUUUGAUCAGAAGUCCAUGAUCGUCAAGGUGCAAGUCCCUGUAGAUCCAUUCUCUCCGACUGCCACGUCGAUGGGACUGGGCGGCUUGCUAAUAUACAACAAAAAGAAAGAUUUCAUAUGCACCGUUCAACGAGCUGGAAACACAGACGCGUAUGAUGAUAUCGUCGGCGUGGUGAAAUCCAGGGGUGUUGGAGGGGUGAAGGCUUAUUUUGCGGCUGAACUGCGAACUCGCGAUGAGCUUGUUGUCAAGAUUUCAGAAACUUUAGCGGAACAGCCGUUCUAGACGGCUUUUAUCAUUCUACCAGCGCAACUCUCCAUUCUUGGAAUAAUUAUUCUCGUCAUUUGUGCCACAAAAUGAUCAAUUCUACUUAUUGCAAAAAUAAUCACACUCGUCGCACGGCAAUACCAAAGUAUACAAGGGCGAGUAGAUAACUUGUACAUCAACUCAAGUUCUUCAAUCGAAUACAUCAAAUUCUCCAAUAAUGACA